UCGUAAAGCGUUUUACCACCUCGGCGUCCGUUUUACGGCAGUUAGCUGAUCCUCCAAUCCGGAAGUGGAGAGCGGGUGAAGUCGGCGCCUUGCAAAUCGGAGAAUAAACGCAAACGUUGCCGUUUGAUCAUCUCUGGAAGUGAUAUGAAUAGUUUUCGACAACUAAUAUGAACCACUUGACGAUUGACUUCAGGCCGGGGCACGUGAAGCUGCUGCAGCAGGAGGACCCCGCGGCGGGGGGGCCGCGCGUCCUGGUGACGGGGGCCAGCGGUCUCCUGGGCCGGGCUGUCCUCAAGGAGUUCCAGAAGCGCGGCUGCGCUGUGACGGGGACGGCGUUCCGCAGGGCCGGCCCGCGCCUCCUCCGCUGCGACCUCACCGAUGAGGAUGCCGUCAAGACGCUCAUGAGUCAGUGCAAGCCUCACGCGGUGGUCCACUGCGCGGCGGAGCGUCGCCCGGACGUGGUGGAGCGCCACCCGGAGGCGGCGGAAAACAUCAACGUGCACGCCACCGCCAUCCUCGCCAGGGAGGCCGCGUGUUGCGGCGCCUUCCUCCUGUACAUGAGCAGCGACUACGUGUUCGACGGCCGGCGUCCGCCUUACGGCCAAGACGACGCGCCGAGCCCCGUCAACGCCUACGGACGCAGCAAGAUGGAAGGAGAGCGCCAAACGCUGCGACACUGCGCACGCUCGGCGGUUCUGCGCGUUCCCGUCCUGUUCGGCGAGGUGGAGUCGGUGUGCGAGAGCGCCGUGACGGCGCUGUGGCCCAAAGUCCUGCGGGGGGCGACGGCGGGCGAGACCUGCGCCCUCGACCACUGCCAGCAGCGCUUCCCCACGCACACGCGAGACGUCGCCGCCGUCUGCUGGAACAUCUGCCGCGCCGCCGCUCGGGACGAUUCCAUCCGAGGAAUCUUCCAUUACUCCGCUAAGGAGCAGAUGACCAAAUACGAGAUGGCGCUGGCCAUGGCCCGGGCCUUCAAGCUUCCGUCCGAUCAUCUGGUCCCGCUGACGGAUGAGCCGUCGGGGGCGGCGGCCGCCGCGCGACCGCUCAACCCUCGGCUGGACUGUUCCCGUCUGGAGGUGCUGGGUCUCGGCGUGGAGCCGCGAGCGUUCGCCUCCGCCGUCUGCGACUGUCUGUGGCCUUUCACCCCCGACAACCGCUGGAGGCAGACCGUCUUUCACUGAGCGCCGCCUUGCGCGCUCACCUUGUCUUCCUCUCAAUGAAGACCGCGCGGCGCCUGCUUCUGGACCCGUUCGAAAAAAGAAAAGCUCACUUUUGGGACUUACUUUGGAGAAAAAGGUGGACAUAAAAAAAAAUGAGGAUGAGGCGUAUUGAAUAAAAAGUGGAUUUUCGCA